AUGGACAAACUGCUGUUGGCAGGGGUCUUGCGACGAUCCUACAGCAAUUGGGCAAGUUCCUUGGUCGUGGUCGCAAAAGCUAAUGGAGGAGUACGGUUAACUGUGAAUUACAAAAAAGUGAACCAAAUGAGCGUUAUACCGAAACUACCGAUACCAGUAGUAGAGGACAUUCUGGCGGAUCUGAAGUCGGCAAAAAUAUUCAGCACUCUGGAUUUGAUCAGUGGAUUUUUCCAGUGUUGUAUUGAAGAGGACAGCAUCCCGAUCACUGCAGUUAUUACGGCCACCGGUUUAUAUGAAUUCAUGGCUAUGCCGCAAGGAUUGUCGAGUAGCCCAGGGUGGUUCCAUUCAGUCAUGCAACGCGUGUGUGAUGGGCUGGAGAGGGUGCGAUUAUUCAUUGAUGAUGUUAUCGUAUACUCCCGAAAUGGUGCAGAACACGUGCAGGAUCUGGAGAGGUUUUUCGAGCGCAUGACAAAGUUCAAUCUGAAGCUGGCGCCGAAGAAAGCACAAUUGGGGGUGAAGGUGGUAACGUUUUUGGAACAUCAAGUAACGGCUGAAGGAAUCGAGCCAUGUCCGAAGAAGGUGAAGCCUAUGUUGCAAAUGCCGAUGCCAACGAAUGUCAGUCAGUUACGGUCAAUCUUGGGGAGUCUGUCCUACUAUCGGAAAUUUUUAAAGGGGAUGUCUGCAAAAUUGCAUUCAGUCACGGCGUUGUUGAAGAAGGAUGCAAAAUUUGCGUUCACGGCAAAACAUGCCGAGGUGAUACAAGAAAUGAAGGACAAACUAUCCAGUCCGGAAGUGUUGGCAUUUCCUGAUUAUGAAGGAGCAAUAACAGGGAAAAGAAAGUUUAGGUUAAUCACUGAUGCGUCCAUAUCUGGACUUGGGGCAGUUAUUGAACAAGAGCAAGAGGAUGGCACAGUUCGACCCUUGUGUUAUUUGAGCAGGUCAACGUACCCCAAUGAAAGGCGGUGGAGUGCAACAGAGUUGGAGUGUGGGGCGAUUGUUUGGGCUAUCAAGAAAAACCGAACAUUGUUUUACGGCAUUCCGUUUCAAAUAUACAGUGAUCACCAACCUCUACGCAAUUUAGAGAGCUUGGCGGAAAAAAAUAACAGGGUUCAAAGGUGGUUUGAUUUCCUGUCAGCGUAUACAUAUGAGCUGAUUUAUCGGCCGGGCAAAGCAAAUGGCAAUGCAGAUUGUAUGUCUCGUUUACCCUUGCCGCCGAUGGAGGAAGAUGCAUCGCCCGAAAUGCGAUUAACUGAUCCGUCCGAUCUGGAUGUGUAUAUGAUAGGUGCAAGCGGAGUGAUUCCUGCGAGAAUGGGUCCUGUCUUGGGUGGGCGAAAACGCCCGACGCAAGCCGACCCUCGCAAGAAUUUUGUGUUGGGGGAAGAUGACCAUCAGCCGUUCACGACCGAUGAAGAGGCAGAUAGGACGUGGCAGGUGAUUCAGCAGCACAGAGAAACGAUGGCUCUAAGGGUGGAGGAUGAACCGAAACACUAUGCGUUGAAAGACGAGACUCCACUGGUAGAUCCAGGGAAAAUGGUGGUUAGUGGGCAAUGGGAAUCAGGUUUAAUACUGCAUGCAGUCCCGAUGACAGAGGUGGGAAGAUGUUUGUUGGGAAUGGGAGUUAUCAAAAAGCAACGAGACAAGAGAAAGAGAGUCAUGGUGAUCAACUCAAAUGAAGGAGGAGGCUCAGCAGGUGGUGGAUCUGAAGCUGAACCAGUGAUGCGAUCUCAAGGGUCACAAUUAGAGGGUUGGAACAGCAAGGAAGCCAAAGAAUUUGGAGAACGGUUGUGUGAAAAAACGGCCAGCGAUUGGGUCGAAGCGCAAUACAAAGACCUGACAGCAAAGGCAGCACUACAGCUAAUUACAGAUGAGGUUGAAGUACAUAAAAUAGGGGAAAAUGACAUACCUGAAGGGGUGGAUAUUGAUGAUGUUAAACGGUUGGUCGCGCAAGGAACGAUCAUGGUGUUGGCUGAUUCACGUAAAUUGCUGGUUCGUCGUGCGACGCGUGAACCAUCAAACAGGCCAAACCGAAAUCCGGGACAGUUCGACAGGCUGUUGGGGGAUGAACCUGUGCUAUUCUUGUCAAUUCAGAAAAACACCGAGGUACACGAACCUAUGGCCAUUGGUGUCAUUACCUUUGCCAAGUAG